AUGAACGGAGCGCGGCUUCCCGUAGCACCGCAGCUGUCCACCGACGGCAACCUCGACGUCUUCAUCCACCGCUCCGCCGCGCCGGCAAACGUGCCCCUCGUUGGCCAGCACGGGGGCGGCCCGCGCCUGAACGUGCUCGGCGCGUCGAUGCUCGUCGCGGUCUAUUCGGCGAUAGUCCACGCGCACUACCCGCAGAUGACUGGGGACCAGAUAAACCAACACGUCCAGCUGAACAUCCAGCCCUCCGUCGUGAGGUGGGUCGACGCGUACGGCUGGCUGAACUACGUCCGCGGCGCGAACGGCGUCGACCUGAACAACCCACACGAGAAGCGGAUCCUGUUUGAGCGAUAUGUCGGGGCGGUGUUCCGGGAGCACCAGUGGGAGGGGUUGUACAGAUGGAUCGACUCGUUGAUGUACCCCGCCCGGCAGGCCCAGGCCUGA